UAGAAUAAUGCCUCAGAGGGGAGAAGCUUGCUAGGCGGCGAGGGCGGUAGGCAGCGGUAGGCAGCGGCGGGGGAGCGGCGCGGGGCGGGGGAUGCCGCCAGCCACCCUGUCCGCUCAGCCCGCCGCUCGCUGCCGCUAGUCGCGAUAGCUUCAGUUACGACCGCGACGCCGCGCUGCUGCCACGCUCUGCUAGCGCUAGUCGGCUACAGCGCACCGCGCUUGCCAUGUGUUCGGACAAAGUUUAUUCUGACCUUAAAUAAAUUUACAGUGCAAAAUGAAGAAAGAAAGUUGGCCUAGCGGGAGAGCAGAAGGCUGUUUCUCUAGAAAUACAAGAUGUCAAUUGCUCCUGCUGAUAUGGUCGACCAGCGCAGUCAUGAUUGGCUGCAACGGUGUGGAGAUGACGUGUCCCGAGGAGUGCAGCUGCCGCACCACGUUCGACCCCGAGGACGGCGCGGCCGUGCGCGUGGCGUGCACGCGGGGCGGCAUGCGCGUCAUACCUGUCGACUUCAUCGACCGAAAUGCUCAUGUAAUAAUCAUAUCCGCCCCCGACGAACGACAAAAUUCACUAACGAUCGGACCCAUAUUCACACAACCCGCACCAUUCGUUAAUCUACGGGAACUACACAUUGUUAACUCCAACGUGCCUUCUAUAGGUCAAUACUCGUUUUGGGGACUACAAAAUUUAAUGUUAAUUAACCUAACCUACAACAAUCUCACCAGCAUCGGGGCAGAUAACUUCAGAGGUCUUAUAAAUCUGACUGACUUGCAUCUCGACCACAAUAAUAUAGAACAGAUGCCAAGCGAAACCUUCAGACAUUUAACUUCUCUGAGGACCUUGAGUCUGUCUAAUAAUCAAAUAACUACGUUGGUACCGAGACUAUUUAGAAUGCUGGCUAAAUUAUUCUACUUGGAUCUCAGCGAUAAUCCACUCACUGAACUGAAUCCAGAAGUUUUCAAGGAUAUACAGCAUUUGAGAAUUUUUAAAUGUAGAAGAUGUCUUCUGCGACGCGUCAAUACCCAAAUUUAUCAUUUGGUGGCCAAUUUAGAAGAGCUGGAUUUGGGCGAGAAUCAGUUUAAAUAUCUAACAUCUGAUGAAUUUAUAAGCCUAAAAAAGCUUAAAAAGUUGAAACUGGACGGCAACCAACUGUCGGUGAUCGUGGACAACAUGUUCGGGCGGAACCGCGAGCUGCGCGUGCUGUCCCUGGCACGCAACCGGCUCGCCCUGCUGGCGCCCGCCGCGCUCGCCAACCUCACCAACCUGGCGCACUUGGAUAUAAGUCACAACAAAAUUGAUAGAUUUCAUCUACAAACUUUUGCUCCAGUCGUCGAUUCUUUGAAAACUAUUAAUUUCAGUGGAAACAAUUUAGUCCUGAAUGAAAUUGCGAUAGUACUCCAGAUACUACCAGAAAUCCAUGGCGUUGGUUUGGCAAACUUGUCACUUACUGAUAUACCACUCAAUUUCUUCACGUACAACGAACACCUCGUAGCUUUAGAUAUUUCUUGGAAUAAGUUUACAAACUUUCCAUACAAACUACUAACGAAGACAAAGUUUUUACAGAGAUUCGAUAUAUCGCAUAACAAGUUACAAACGUUGAGUGAACUAGAUUUGCAAAGACUCGAAGCGAUUGCUCAAGUGAAUUUGAUAAAGAACACGUGGCGAUGCGAUCAGUGCUCAGCAGGGACUAUGCUAGUGUAUAUGACUACGACAGUGCUGAAUGCAACUCUACGCCACCUCAAGUGUUACUCGCCAAUGCGUUUGCGUGGAGUGAAUUUCUCUGAAAUGACUUUCGAUCGGCUCGAUCCAUGUCCAACUACGCACGAGGCUCAAAUGAGUGUCAUUGCUGGGUUGAUGCUCGUGUGCGUGGCGGUGUUGGCGGCCGUGGCAGCUGCGCUAUGCUGCACUCGGCGUCGCGCCGCGCACUACUACACCAACGAGGAGAAGCGUCGCGAGCACGAGCACGAGCACCCGGACGAGCUGCUGGGGCACACGGAGCUGGGCAGCGUGGCCACCAUCCACGCGCCCUACCACCUGGUCUCGAAGGGCAGCUAACGCCGAGCUCGCUCGCCGCCGGCGCCUCUGCGCCACGCGCCCAUCUGCGCGCCGCUAGACCUGCCGCUGCCGCUGGCGACGGUCUCCGCCUACGGCUGCGACAACCAGUCCCAUCGCUACUUCCCGCCGACCCCCGCGCCUCCACCUCCUCCGAUGUUUUGCAACGACGAUAUCUGAUACGAGUAUGAGUAUGAAGACGACCUUGUGUAAAGCCAAAGAGACUAUCUGUGAAGUGUAUAUACUAUGAAAUAAGCUUUUAAAAACGUAUUUAACGAGAUAAGUUUGACUGUAAAAUAACCAAAUGAUAUUUUUGUACGACCUAAAUUUUUGUAGGUUUACCAGAAUUGCCUGGCACAGGCCUAUUGACAUAGUUAGAAACCAAAGGUAAUGUUAAUAUUUCAUAGUUAAGAAUAUUAUGUACAUUAGUUAAGAUCCGAUUGGUCUUAACUUCUUGAAAGUCUAACAACCAACUAUUUUGUACAUAGAUUUAUAAAUAAGCUAUCUUCUUGGUGGUUGCAGCCGAAUUACUAUUUCAACAAAAAAAAAACAUCUCAAACUAGAACUAACGUUUCCAAUUGUAAUAUUACUAACUGACGGUGAAUAAGAUGAGAGUGAAUUAGACACGACAGAAUAAUACAAAUGAGAAUAAAAACAGCUCAAAAUUAGACAUAAAAAUAUUCGUAGAGUCACAGAUACUUGCACACAUGAUAAUUAUUCUUUUGCCAAAUUUGGCACAUUACAGAUCUAGACUUUAAUAAUGCUCUAGAAUUUAUGACUCUCAAAAUUGCACUUCCAGUAUAUUCUUAAUUUUAUCGUUAAAUAACUUAGUAUUAAACUAAGUGUUGAUGUCAGAAUCCUAAAUUGAAUUACCAAAAGUGUGAUACAAAUACUUAAAGAACUUCUGCCUUAACUAAAUCAUUACCUACUACUAAAAUGCAAGCAAAACAAAACAGAACUCUCUCAUUUGUCCAAAGGUUAACUUUCCCUGUAUCCCUGAUAAAGCAAUUCGGCUGUGACGCAAUUGUUUCUUUGGCCGAUAAAGAAAUGUUACAUACAGAUGAAACAUCAUCAAGGACAGAAGACGCCAUUGCAACUUUAUUGUAUACAUCAAAAAUACAAUUGAAACUCGGUAGGUCCCACCCACCUAUAAACUUUAGAUCUAAACGUUUAGAUAAUAAAAUUAUCAUAAUACUUAUAAAUAAAAUUGAAAAUAAGUUGUGCGUACAGCAUUGCUCAUUUGGAUAGUACGUAAAGAAAGAAUCUAUGUGAUGUUAAAUUAAAAGUAAAAAUUUAUAUGUAUAAACAGGAAACUAAAAUAUUUAAAAAUUUAAAGAUAUAAAUAUAUGUAUUUGGCAAGUCUUAAAACAUAUUGUCAUAAAGUUAAAACUUUUAAGCCAACACCUAGUUAGAUCACACAAUUAAAAUAAGUUGUAAUAUAAAAUAAAGGAUGUAAUUUAAAUUAAAAUAUUUAUAAGUAAAAUACGUUAAAGUGAAAAGUUUAUUAGUUUGCCAAAGUUCUAAUCUGUGACCAAUUAUGACAUAAACAUCUGUGCAACUAAAAAAUCGGAUAUAAACUAUUUCGAAGCCACCUAGUUUUCACUGUAACAUAUACCUGUAACUAUGAUGUAAAAUAUGUAGGUUAGCAAACAUGACAUGACUGUGUGAAUAUAACUCUCGGCGCACCAACCCCGUCAGCGAGUCGUGUUCUCACACUAUAAAACAACGUCUCAUGAGUCACGUAAAUAUAAUAUUCAAUAUGUACGCAUUCCUUUCCUUUAACUGUAAAUUAUAUAUUAAUCGAAAUUAUUACAAUCUCUUAUUAUUACCGUCAAAUAUUAUUUAAUCUAGCACUAAUUGAAAUUUGCGUAACUACACAAACUAAUCAUCGUUUUUCGAGUCAGCUAAAUUAAACUAGCUAAGACAACCCUGCCACCGUUUUUAAACUACUAGGAUCAUAUUAACAAAAUUAUAUCUAAAAAACUCUGACAAUAAUUCGGACUCAUUUAACUUACCUACUUCCAAGCUGACCUGGGAGUGACAGAAAAACAUAGAAGGGGUUAGCUGCUUCUCAUCCUGCGCAAGUCGUAAAAGUCGACUGAAGGAACCGGGUUAUUGUACUAGCAAACUCUGAGAGAAGAUCUAAUGGCAACCUGUCAUCCGCUAGUGCAUGUACCAACUUAUAACCCAAAAUACCAACUUUCCUGCCAAUAGAACCUACCAAAACCAACCAGUAGUAACACCUAAAAUUAAUGUUAAGGAUAAAAUAGUAGGGUACCUAAUAUUUAGAUAGAGGGAGGCCACUGUAGAAUUUCGCAUGUCUUUUAUUUGAAAUUUCAUAUCGAGCGUAAACAUACUAGAUAUGUUUUAUGAACUCGUGUUGGGAAGGGUUAUCGGGCCAGUUAAUAUCGGAAAAGUGUAUCACUUAAAAGCGGCUGUGGAUAAUUGCUUAGUGCACAAACCGUGCCACCCACAGCUUGGUCGGAACGAUUCCCUGGAUUAUGAGCUCAAGAAUUAAACGUAUUCUGCAUUGUAUGGUAUUCAUACUUACAACUUUGUAUUCGUUCCUGUUUGGACUUAAACUACGAACGUGACUGGCGAAGAACAGACAAAGCUGUGCUAUUCACUACUACACUAUUUCAAUAACUGUUUAAAAUCUUGACUGUCGCUAAUUAUGUGCUAGAUUUGUAAUAAUUGACGCUUAUAAAAUCUUGUUUAUUUUGCAUAUUAAUCCCCUUCCAAAAACUUUAUUACAUUCGAUUUUAUGGUUAGUGAGGUAUUAUUUUCUUUGAUUAGUUUAGCAUAACUUGAAUGUACAUAGUGCAUGUAAUCAAUAGUUUUAAUUGAACAUAAUUAUUUGCACUGCGACAUUCUUAUGAUAUUUCCCUUGGCUCGGUCCAGCGGAGAAUAAGUAAUAUAAGUUAGGAUAAACUUAGAGUAAGUUAUAAUUAGUUAGAAUAAGAAGGUGGGUUCAUCGAAUAAGGGCUAAUUAUUUGCACGAUUAAAGUUUCUACACCAUGAUGUAAUGGUUGACACAUGAAAACAAAACUGUUAUAAGAAACUCAAAAGAACUUUGAAUUGACAUUCUAACUAAAUACUUUUUCACCAUUAAAUUAAUAACAGUCGUUAUAUCUAUGAAUCACCACAAUCACAAAAGCAAUUUCACAGACUGCAAUCAGAGGCUUUACACCUGCCCUUUAUAGAAAUGAAAACACGCGGGUUAUUUCAUAGCACCUUAUGAUAAUUUUGAUCCAUAUUCGUUGAACUCAUCAAUCGUAGUCUCUAUAUAUAGGUGUAAAUAAGUAGUUUCGCUCUCUACUUUAAGUAGAUCAAACUUCUUAAAGUGUGAAUGAAUGCGAGGAUCAUUAGUAUAUACCAUACGAUCUCUUUCGGUCCCUUCGAUUGGCACAUACAUGCAAUAAUGCAAUUAACGAAAGUAACAUCUAACAAAAUUAUUUGACCGAAGUCCCUUUUGUACUGGAAAAUGUAUUUACCAAAGUAUAGAGCAUAGAAAUAUCAAUAGUAUGUGUGACUAGCAUUAAUUGCGUGUUACAAGUAAUAGAAGUUUCUCGGAGCAAUAAUUAUUUUUAAUUAUCUAAUACUAAGUUGAUCUUAAACGAUUAUAAUCACAACACCCAGCGAAAGCGAUGAUGAAAACUCAAUAAUAAUUAUUACUUCGGUAAAUUAUUAUAUCAAAUAAGGAAAUUUUGUGCCAUCGUACCGGUAGACCUUGUUAGCCGAUACGAUAGCACAAUCUUAGCAGCAGAUAAGUCAACAAAACAAAAAAUUCACAAAAAAAGAUUAGUUCAUAAGUUUCAGUUUUAUAAAACGAUGUAUUAUAUAAGUUAAGGUUUUUCGUUUGUUCUGGGCAGCGUGCACCAAAGCCGCUGCCUUCGUAAGGAUAAAACACCAAUUUUAAAGAUACGUGUAGAUAAGCAAUUAAUCAUAACAAACAAAUACAUAAUAUAUUUUUCAAAAAUAAGAGGAUUAUUAUAUUAAUUGUACAUAAUAUAAGUUGUAUCAGAGGAGUUAUUUUGAAAAAGAUUGGUUAGACGAGCUGUAUGUUUGGUUCCUUACGGGUGAGUCAUCAUGAGGGUGUCUUUGUUUGUCUGGGGGACCCUUAUUAUGAGUCGCCAGUGUCGUAUCAGUUUGUAUGUUGAACUCGGAAGGGACGUCGACUUUACACCCAAGAACAAAGCCACAAAGAGUGUCACUUUAUCGUUCGCUAUUAUUUCGACAACAUGGAUGGAUGGAUGGAUGGAUGAGUUGAUUAAGGAACAUGGUUUGAUUAUGAAUCGUGUAUAGACAGUACAGAAAUACUCUACGCUCGAUCAAAUAUUCCUUGUGUAAGUGUUUAGAGAUUAAGAUGUAUUUAUUACAUAAUCGAUGUUAUAUAUACUCGUAGUUUUCAGAUAUGUGUCUAUAGUAAAGAACAGGUAGGAAAAAAUCGUUUCUAAAUUCACUUAAAUUAGUCACAAAUAAAAAAAACAAUUCGGAACUAUUUUCAAAUGUUAUAUGUUAGAUAACAAGGAAUAGUUGAUCGACAUAAAUCUACUUAUCUAUAAUAUAGUCGUAAACUACUUAUACUUGUAUUUAUAAGGUUCAUAAGUACAGUUUUUGCAGGUAUUUCAGUAGUUUGCCUAGAAUGUCCUAUAUGUGAAAGAACCGUAACAGCCAUUGCCGAGCUCUAUCAAUCAUCGUUUGACAGCCUUGCAGCGAUCUAUCGCGACUGAAAUUAAGUGCUUCGUAAAAUAAUAAUGAGAACCAGUUUGGUUAGUAGACUUGGCCGUGUGACGUCAGGCGGGUCAAUUCCAAAUUCAUUAACAAUUUUACAAUAUCAUAAAUGAUUCCAAAUAUCAAAAUCAGUCCUCUUCAGACCAAAUUGAAUCUGGUAGCUAAUAGUUAGAAAUUAAAAACAGUAGGUACGUGACCAUGAGUAAUCGACUUCAAAAGUAAAUUAAACUUAAUACAGUAAAGUCUGUCUCACAACGUCAAGCGGCAAUACAUUUUAAAUUCACAGAUACUAUAUACAAUUGUAUGCAGGACUAAGAAAGGAUUUUUGGUUAUUCAAGUUAGAAGGGGACGAAACCACUAACCAGGCGGACGAAGUCGCGAGCGGAAGGUAGUAAUAAUGUAUCUGACAAAGGUUUGGAAGCAGUAAAGUUUGCGCGUCGUGUAAAAUAGGGUAGACGUUGUUAAAUUUCGGAUACGGUUUUAUGAAUAUUUUGACAAACCUUUCGGUCACCGUUUCGGAUAUUAUUAUGGAAUCACUUUCAAAUGUUUCAUGAUAUUAGAUAAGAAUACAAAUGUUUUGCUAAUUUUUGUAUCGCUAAAGGUUAUCUAUGUUUUCGGAUAUGCAAUGAUUUCAUAUGCAAUUUCAGGACAUGCCCAGUGUAAAGCAAAAUCUGUAACUUAUGACGGAAUAUUCGUAAUCAUAAGGUUUAGUAUUAGGAACCACACCAUAUACCAGAAUGGUGUAUUCUAGCUGUAAGUCAUAUUUAUUGUAGCAUUUAAUUGACAGAACGUUUGAAACGAAAUUUAUAUUGAGAUGGCUGUAUAUAUAAGAAUGAUUUGACUGAAAGUGAAUUGUUUAUGAAUUAUAAAUUAUAUGUCUAUGUUUAUGAAUGUAAUACAUACAUAUUUGAUGUUUAUUAUAAAUGUGUUCGUAGAAUUCAAAAGCUUGAUAGAUUGUUUGUCUGGUAAUCAAAAAUAUUAAUCGUUUAACAAUAUUAAAAUUUCACAAUGAGUUCACUAUCGUAAUCAAAUAGGUAUCUUGUGAUAAAUUUACAUAUCUGUUCGGCUAUUGAAAUCUCGAAAUCUUGAUAUCGAUCAAAGAUACGUAUAGAGCUGAUUUCUUACUAUAACUAGUAUUUGAUCCGAAUUUAUUCAACUUACUCGUAUAAUAUUAAUUAAUGUCUUAGUAUGUAGGAAAAUAAUAUUAAGAUACAUAAAUACUCGUACAUUCAUAUAUAACAAUAGAUUAUAAACAAUAAGGUCGAAUGACAUGUCACGGUGUUUGCAUUUCCUUCACUGAAGUUGGCUACGCAGCUACGGCGUAGCCAUGAAAAAUGAUUGCUUUGAAAUCUAACGAGCUACGAACUCGACUCAAGAACAUCACUGGCUUGUAAAAACCGGUCGCAGUGACGUGUUAAUUAACCUUCCAUUUUAAAUUAUGCUUAUAUACAAUUUGAUGUUCAAUUAUAAUUAUGUAACCAUGUGUGUAAUAGAAGAAUAAUUCGUAGAAGAUUAAUCAUAAAUAUUGUCUUACACUUCAGUACUGUCGUCUGCUAAUCUUCCAUCUUACAGUGUAUUUAAUUUUAUUUUAAUUAAGUUUUCUUUUAGGUUCUAGCCUCUAAAAUUAUUUAAUUGGUAGUUUUAAUUUAUGUUACUAAUUAACGAUCUUUGGCGUAAAAUAUAACACCUGCAAACGUGAAACCAUCAGUUGCUUGUAAAAUGAAACUUGUAAUGACAAUAUAGAUAGGUGACGACAUGAUACAAAGCGUUUACGUGGGUAUGAACACACAUUAAGGAGUGCCGACUAUGUAAAUGCUAGUUGCACACAGUUGUGCUCAGAUUCGGGAGCGACAUAAUUCAUCGAUGGGGCGUAACUCGCUCUGAUCUAUCCGCUGUCGGUUUUUGCGGUGCGACCGUGCCGCGCAGCGCCGCGCACGCCGAACGCAUUCCAUUGCGCCCGCGCUAAAAGCUAGAGCUAUGUCAACGACACUCAACAAUUUAUCGCGGCUAUGACCACAUCUUCAUCUAACAAUUAUAAGGUUGUCACGUAAUUUAAAGCAUUUAACCUUUUUAAUUAAUUUCUACCAACUUUGGACAGCUCUAAACGUUUAUCAGACCAACCGUAACCAAUCACAAGUGGAGCAGAAAAAAUAAUUAGAGGCAGAAAGCAAAGUUUUGUUUGUUUGUGAAAAAGUUCGCAAAAAGCUCUAUUUGAUUAAAAUAAAUCGCACUCUUUCCCGAUUGUUUUAAGUUAUCUAUAACAUAAAAAGUAGUUAGAAGUAAUGAAGGUGACUGGAAACUAUAAUAACAAGUACAUAAAUAACCCGUUUAUUUGGGCUCGUAACGACAAAACUCUAAUAAGAAUGUUCAAAAUAUGUCCCUUCCAGGUAUCGCAAGGUCCUUUUGCAACAGCUUAUGUGAGUGAAAGUUAUUAGAUUAUCGUGAAGACCCGAGGCCAACGCACAACUUGCAAAACAAAGAUUAAGGUCAAAGCCGCCUGUCAUACAAGUCACAUUUUUCGUUACAACCAAUAUUAGCUACAUUAAAAAUAAAUUAGAAAACAGUUCGAUUUUUAUAAAAGUAAUAUUGCUUUAACUAAACCAAGUCGCGUCUAUUUUAAACGCUUCAGAUUGAGAGAAUAUAGAAUUUACUUUUAUUUUAUAAGAGUUCGGUUCAUUGAAAACCGAAUUUUUCGUACAUGGCUAGAUUGGAGCAAACGAAACGAACCGCUAUUUUGAUUCCAUCACGUAGCGAUUUGAAAUCAUAACCCCUUUUCACGCGGCUCGCGUGCCAGCUAUCCAACGAACAAUAUUUUGAAAAACUUGUCGAUCCAUGAAAAGUGACGAGCCGGCCCAUGUAGGGAAUAGGUAACAAUAACAACUUUGUAACGAAGGGAAAAAAACCUAUUUUUAAUAGGCUUGUACGGGAAAAGAAAUUUAAUAACUCUCAAUUUAGUCAAAAAGUCGUUUACUUUAAAUUUAAGUAAGAAAAAGAACAAUUCAGUAUCGGUACGAUCAAGCGACUUUGAUUCGGCAAAAAUAAAAUUAAACAUUUUCGGCUACCAAGCGAUUGGUCAGCCAGUCUAGGGUUAUAUUUAUGAGUCGAGUAGUGUUAUUGGAAUUGGAGUGAAGAAACUGGGGCUUAGCUCAGUCAAGGAAUAGUGCCGGGAAAAAGGCAAUAAUGCAUGCCCCCUUUUAGAUGGGAAAGUAUGAAUAACGUACAGUAAAGAUUUAGAUGGAUAAGGGUCUUUGAGACGAUUCGUGCACGAGGUGGCUCAAGUCUCCGAUAGCCGACAACUAUAGGAUUACCCGGUUGUCGCGUAUCUGAAUUGUGCCGCUUAUUGUACGAAUGGCUAAGUUCGGUAGUGUUUGGAGAUGAUGUUUUUAAAUUUUAAUUGAGACAUUGUGCGAUGGAAGAUCAGUAAGACAUUUUUCUGUAGCCGUACCAGGAAGGAUUUCACUGUCAUUGCUGUUUAAUAAAUGUUUACCCCUAAUCAACAAAACAUAGAAAAAUACAAAAAAAGACCCGGUAGGUGUAAAGACUUGGUGUCCGUCCCUAGACGGCAGUAGAAAUAAAAUAUCUUUAGCUUGUAAAACAUAUAAUCUAGGAAUGAAUAAUAAGACUACAUUUUAUUAAUGUCUGGAUGAUGUACUCAGUAAUUAAUGUUUGGAGAAUGUUUUCGAUGUAUUACAUGUUUGAUGUCCGAUAUACCAAAGUAACAACAUUGUCUUGUACCACAGUAAUUAUGUUUAUGCCCUAGUAUACCUUCCGCGCACUGAACUAUAUGUAACGCUGUAUGUUCUGUCCUAUUUAAUGAACUAAUAAAGAAAUUCCUUCGUA